UCGGGUAACAUGGCGGAAGAAAAAGUUGAUCGUCCCUCUGCCACUGAUUCUCCAGCAACAUCCAAUUCAAAGCAGUCAUCAGAAGAUAAAAACUCCAAGUCCGGCAGUUCUGCACUUGAAUACAACCCAGACCUUCGAAGCGUCCUUGUUACCAGCGUUUUGAACGUGGAGAAGCUCGACGAAGACCUGUACAGGGGGACACAUCACUGGGUGCCCCGCACUCAGCGCUUAUUUGGGGGACAAAUCAUUGGUCAAGCUCUUGUUGCUGCUGCCAAAUCAGUCAGUGAUGAUCUUUAUGCUCACUCUCUACACUGCUACUUUGUAAGAGCAGGAGAUCCUAAGGUUCCAGUGUUGUACCAGGUAGACCGCACAAGAGAUGGUCGCAGUUUUACAGUGCGCUCCGUGAAAGCCCUCCAGCACGGACUUCCUAUACUGAUCUGCCAAGCGUCCUUCCAAAUGUUACAGCCAAGCACGUUGCAACACCAGUUCACCAUGCCAGUGGUCCCUAAGCCUGAAGAGCUCCUUACUGCAGAGGCACUUAUCCACCUUUAUCUCAGUAAACCUGGCCUGGCUGAAACUUUAAAACAAGCUCUUAACAAACUGCUGGCAAUUGAAGUCCCAAUUGAGAUCAAGCCAGUCAACCCUCCACAGUUUCACAGGCUUGCUGGAGCAGAGCCAAAGAAACUGUUUUGGGUGCGAGCUAAAGGAUACAUUGGUGAAGGCAACAUGAAGUUGCAUUGCUGCGUGGCUGCCUAUGUAUCAGACUUUGCCUUUCUGGCUACUGCAAUGCUGCCCUACCCCACCUACAGGGUCAAGUUCUCAGCCUCCCUGGACCACGCCAUGUGGUUCCACAACACUUUCCGCAGUGAUGAAUGGAUGUUGUACGAGUGUGAGAGCCCAUGGGCAGGGGGCAGUAGGGGACUGGUUCAAGGCAGACUGUGGAGAAGAGAUGGCGUGCUGGCUGCCUCGUGUGCACAGGAAGGGGUCCUGAGAGUCAAAGUAGUUCCUGAGCCCAGCAAACUAUAGGCACCUUUCUCACAAGGUUUUAGACGUAUUUGUUGAUUUACAUCAAAGCAGUUUGAUUGUUAUUCCCCAUUUGUUUACAACAUUUUGUGCAGCUACUUUAAUUCCAGACAAAUAUUUUUGUAAAGUAUUUAUUUUGUCGUGUUUAGUAUAACAUAAAAGCAUUAGCUUGGGAAGUUUUCACUUAUAGAAACAUGUUUUAGACAAACACUGUAACUGCUGUAAAAUAUUUCAUCAAUGGCUCCCAGAUUCUAAGAUUUGUCAAUGGUAAAUGGCAUUGCAUUUAUCUUUAUACCACCUUUGAACAGACUUGUGAAUACUGUACAUCACCAUUUUUCUUGUCAACCACAAUUUAACACUACACAAUGCAAACAGUAUUUGUAAUGCAACACUCCUGAUUAAGGGGACGUUUGGCUCUUGUACGGUAACUAUAAAUUCAGAAUGGCAGAAAUGAAAUGGUGUAGAUCAAAUAAGUAGGUUCAAAGGUUCCAUGCAUCAUCAUGCAUGGUGAGCUUUCCUUCUAAUGGGUUGU